CGCAUGGGCAAGCGGAUGAAGAGACCAGCGUGGUACGCAGAGAGUUGAGUGACGCCGUUGUUUGUACGCUACAGUUUAUGUCUUCGUAUAUUUAAUUCAUCGAAAUGACUGAAAGUAAAGCAGGGACGGCUCCUAAGCCGGCCAAAGAGCUGCUGGCUUUGAACCCCAAACAAGAGUCCGAGUUCAAGAAGAAGGUGCAAGAGGCGAAGAAGAACAAAUCUAGCAAGGGGGGGCAUUUGGACCCUGGAGUGGUUUAUGUGGGCCACCUUCCACACGGGCUGUUUGAACCUCAGCUCAAGUCUUACUUCGAACAGUUUGGGAAGGUCCUGAGGCUGCGGCUGUCCAGGAGUAAAAAGACAGGUGGAAGCAAAGGCUAUGCAUUUAUAGAGUUCGACUGUGACGAAGUAGCCAAAAUUGUUGCAGAGACCAUGAACAACUACCUCAUGGGAGAGAGACUCAUCAAAUGUCACCUGGUCGCACCAGAGAAAGUGCACGAGAAGCUGUUCGUCGGCUCCCAGAGGGAGUUUAAGAAGCCAUCACUUCCUGCUGUGGCCCGCUACAACAAGACCCACACAGAGGAGGAGGUGACCAAGAUGAAAGACAAACUGCUGCGGAAAGAAGCCAAGCUCCGCAAGAGACUGGCAGCACACGGCAUCGACUACGACUUCCCUGGAUUUGCCACCCAGGUGCCCCAGAAGAAGAAGUCCUCUGAUUCCAUGGAGGCGUCGACGUGUAGCGAUGACACCACGCCAGUCUGCACCCCCUCCGUCCUGGAGAGGAGGAAGUCCAUGGUCGUCGUCGAUGACGACGACGAUGAUGAAAUCAUCAUUAAGAUGCCUCCUAUAGUGAAAGAUGAAGAGUGCUCCUCGGAGGAGGAGGAAAACGUCGAUGGCUCUGAGAGCGAGGAACCCGCUGAAGCGGACGCAGAGUGAAAGUCCUCACUGUGUUGUCGGUGACUUGGGUCUCUGGCUGUCACGGUACAGCUGCACACACCAGGCUCACCUUUGAACUGUGUUCAGAAAUCCCAGUGCGUCUUUCAGUGUGUGGAAAUCCCACUACAUUUGAGGAAGACGCCCCUAUGAAAGUUUCCACCAUAACUGUGGGUACCACAGUAGUGAGUACCGUGGGGGAGCUUGCGAAACCAUCACAGUGAGCCUGAGUAACGGGCCAGUUCUGACUGGACUUCUUUGACAAAUGUGUAUUUCAGUCUUGGAGCAGGCGGCUUCCUUUGCCACACAGGGCCCUAAUGUUGAUGCAAAACAGGCAUUUUUACUUCGUCAUGCACACUUGUCUAACAGCGUGGUUAAAUUUGUACUAUAUAAACUUAUGAUCAUUCUAAAUAAAUGUGAGAAUGUACAAUCCAAA